UUUUCAACCCAUACACGAGAGAAAUUCACGACUUGAAAAAUAUUUCAUCAAGUCGUGAUGGCGUGUUUGCUGUGGCUUGUCCGGCGGAUACUAUACAUGAAUUGCAAUUCAAUAAAAAUGAAUCGUUCGACCGUAAAGCAUUGUUUGUAUCAAUUUUGGUCAAAAAAGAUGAUCCUCGUUUGCCAACGAUGAAAUGUCCAACAGCAUAUAGUAUGGCUGUCAUUUAUCAUAAAGUGGAAGAUUACGGAAGAUUGCUGGAAUUCGGCUAUGAGGUUUAUUACCGUGAAUGGCUAACCGGGUUCGAGGACGAUUUUCAAUGGGAUCAUUCAAACGUUGAUUUUGGACAGGCUGAAGAAAUGAAUUCAAAGGUGAAACGAAUUUAUAAAUUUUUCUCCAGAAGUUAUCUUCCUGACAUGGCUAUGAAAUUUCUAUGGAUAUCAAAGGUCAAGUUCAAAUAUAAUCGUUCAAAAUGGCAGCUUGAAUGGGUAUGGUACUCAAUGGAGCUGAAACUGGAUCAAUUGCACGCCCCCUGCGAGAACUUUAAUCUGGGUAUGAGAUUAUAUCGUCUACACAAAAAACAAAAAUUGGAUGACUUUUAUUCAACUAUAAAUCAAAAAGAGAUUUUCAGUAAGCUACAGUUACCUGAAUCGGUAGAUGGUAUUUGCAAAUCAGAGAAAAAAUGUGUGGAGGAAUACGACUUGGUAGCUCCUUACCGCUUUCAAACCUCCACUUCAGAACCAAUCGAAUGUUCAAAAUUGACUUCCAUUCCGAUUUGGUACAAAAGUACCAAGGAUUUAUUGGAUUUUACAGAAAAAGUCCUAAUUGCAUUGAGCCAAACGGUUGGAAACAGAAUAGAAGUAACUACAGGAGCCCAUGACGUACUCGCUUUUCUAGAAGGAAAUCAAAAGAAACCUCAAAUGAUACCAGUAUACAUGAAUUCGAAGAAAAAACGACUCCCUGUGCCUAAAAUAUUAUACAGAACGAUUUCCUCUCAAAAUCCAGACUGCGAUACAAAAAUAUCCGAAUGCCUUUACGUUGUUGUCAUCAUUAUUCAUAACGGACCUGAAAUAUCACCAGAAGAGAAGCUUUGUGAGGAUAGAUGCACAGAAUGGGGAUGGGACAGUGUUCAGUAUUCGAGCACCAUAGAUAAAAAGGAGAAAUCCCAGUUCAUUUACUGUUGCGAACUGGAUAAAAGCCUGCGUGAAAAGUUGAAUUAUGGUAGUAGAACACCUGCAAUUGGGAUUCUCGAUUUGAAAAGAUACCCAGAUCACAGAGGGAAGAAUGGAUCACCAGAUCGUGUCAAUCCGGAUAUACAGGAUGAUGUUGAAAAUAAAAUUUACGAACUAGAUCAAAUUAGUCCGAAAUUGUAUUCUAUUUUGGGUUUAUUAACCGGAUAGAUACCUU